AUGUUUGCUAGAAAAAUGCUUGCAAACGUCUGGCGAAUAUUGGUGGUUGCGGCCGUUUUUGCGUUCCUUGCGCCAGCUUUUGGUUCCCCAACAGCGGAGCUCCUACGUGGACAGAAUGAUACGUCCACGACUAGGCCGCCGCGCACCGCAAGCACCCAAUCAGACGUCAGCACUCGACUGAAAGGCGCCGCGAAUAAGCUGGGGCUGAACUUCCUGGUUUCGUUUGCGGAGUCGGUAAUGCCAGCCUUGGCAGACGUUUUCGAGGAUGCGCCCGUCGCUGCCGAGUACAUUGCUCGGCUGUUGAGUAGGGGAUUGGACCCUAACCUAGCAGAUCCUGAGGGCCCCGUGGCGGAGUCUCUGUACGACAUCCUGCAAACUAUGUUUGACAAGAUUGCAACUACGCGCACGGGCAACAUUGCGAUGGAGCGUAUGAUGUUUCAGCUUGACUUCAAUAUUACAAAUCUCGCAGCCGCCAGGGACUUCCGCGAAAUGCUGCACAUCUUGAAGAAGUCCGACUGGUCGUAUUACCCCUGGUGGCAUACCGGUACUGUUACCGGUGCAAACAAUAUCGUGUAUGUCGCCGCGACCACCGUGCAGGCGCUCGUGGCCGAGUCCUUGGGACUCCAUUAUUGGAGUUAUUCUACAGUCCUGACGCCGUACACCGUAGCUGCUGAUUCGGCGGACUUUCUUCUGGCGGUGGCAGAGAGUACGUUGUCGCAUGCAGACACCUUGCGCACGAGUGCGGAUGCUUCUUUGCUGAUGACUGUCGAGGAGUACGACGCCUUUUCACGACUACGAGCAAGCGCUGCCGAGCUGCAGCGCUCGUUGGAAGGCAUUACAGCUGAGCUGGACGGUCGAGAGUCGAAGGCACGGGCCAUGGUCAAGCCCCCACCCCCAAGCCCGCCGCCGUGGUGGUGGCAAUAUAACCAGCCAAGCCCGCCGCCAUGGUGGUCUAAUUAUCCCUCCAAUCCUCCGCAAACACCACCACAACCACCGUCACCACCCAGUAUACGUGCAGACAAGGUGGCAGUGCGGAUAUUGAAUUCCCUUGGGUUGCAGUACCUGUUGAGAUUUGCGGAGGACACAUACGUGGUGGCCUUGGAUAUCGCCUAUUAUGUGCCCAAUGCCGCCAAGUACAUAUAUCGGCUGGUGGACGUGGGUCCGGGCUCCCUCCUAGAUGUUGAUGGAGGGGUUGCCUAUGCGCUGCACAGGAUCGUCCAGACGUCCGUCAACAGCUGGACCAACAGUACCACGGGAUCCAUUAUCGCAGACUUCCUCCUGCAGUCUCACAAUGUGGACCUGUAUGCGUUGGGCGCUGCCAGCGACCUACUCGAGGUUGUGGACAUCAUGAAGCGCUCGUUCUGGAAUCCGUACCACAACGAAGCUGACUACGGCCCCACCGACGUCGUCAACACAGUCGCCGGCAUCAUUCGUACAUUGGUGAUGGAGGCCACCACACCGAACGGCCGCGUCGGGCCCAUAGAGAUAGCCCUGGACGCCGUGGACUUUGCGAAGGCGUUUGUCGGCAGCGUUGUUGACAAUGCUUACACCCUGCGAUAUAGUGCAGAUGGUUCACUUCGCAUGACAGACGACGAGUACGAAGCUUUCUACAUGAUUCGGACCAGUCUUGAUGAUCUCCGAGGUGCACUUGGCCGUUUAAGAGACGGCAUCACUAACGGUGGCGGUGGCGCUGACAAUGGCGAGUACGACUACGGCUAUCGGAGGCCAAGGUCAUCACCGUCGCCGCCGCCGCCCUGGUGGUCGGGGUACGAUACCGUGCCGCCGCCGCCAUCCGGCUCAUCCAGGCCGCCGUGGCCGCCGCAGCCGCUGCGGCCGCCGUGGGGGUGGUCUGACUAUAGAAGCUCGCCGCCGCCGCCAUCUGGCCCAUCAUGGCCGCCGUGGCCGUGGUGGUCUGAGUACGAUACCGUGUCGCCGCCAUCAGAAUCGCCGCAGCCGCCAUGGAGGUGGUCUGACUACAGAAGCUCGCCGCCGCCGCCGUGGUGGUACAGCAGCCCGCCGCCGCCAUCUGGCCCAUCAUGGCCGCCGUGGCGGCCGCAGCAGCCAUCCGGCCCAUCAUGGCCGCAGUGGCCGCCGCAGCAGCCAUCCGGCUCAUCCGCGUCGCCGCCGCCGUGGUGGUGGCAAUAUUACAGCAGCCCGCCGCCGCCAUCCGGCUCAUCUGCGUCGCCGCCGCCGUGGUGGUGGCAAUAUUACAGCAGCCCGCCGCCGCCAUCCGGCUCAUCCGCGUCGCCGCCGCCGUGGUGGUGGCAAUAUUACAGCAGCCCGCCGCCGCCAUCCGGCUCAUCUGCGUCGCCGCCGCCGUGGUGGUGGCAAUAUUACAGCAGCCCGCCGCCGCCAUCCGGCUCAUCUGCGUCGCCGCCGCCGUGGUGGUGGCAAUAUUACAGCAGCCCGCCGCCGCCAUCCGGCUCAUCUGCGUCGCCGCCGCCGUGGUGGUGGUACAGCAGCCCGCCGCCGCCACUUGCUUCCCCCGGGGGCACUGAGGGGCCGCUAGCUGCACUUGAAAGACUUGUGCGCACCCUCACCUACAACGCGAACAAGAUGGGGCUCCAUUUCCUUUUGCGUUUCGUCGAGACUGCUUACCCGCCAGCUGCCGAGAUCGGGAAGGAUCUCCCGACAGCCGCCUGGUACGUCUACAAACUGCUGCAACAGGGGCUGGGUCCCUUCCUGUCCGACCCCAGCAGCCAGGCGGCCUACUCACUGUACCGCAUCCUCCAGGCAGCAUUCGCCAACUUGGCCUCGACUCCCAGCGGCAGCAUCAUCGCCGACGUUGCGCUACGGAACCACGAUAUCGAUCUUGUGGCCCUGGCGAGCGCUCGCGACUUCUCCGACCUUAUCUCCUCCUUCAAGUCCGCAUCAUGGGGCUCCGACGGCAGCUGGGAGGUGGAAGGCAUUGCGCUUGUCGCACAGUCGAUUACGGAUUCUGUCCAGGAACUCUUGUGGAACGCCGUGUCGCCAUACGGCCGCAUGGGCCCCGUUCAGCUGGCCCGUGACGUGGUCAGCUUCGUCCGGGCGGUGGUAGGCGCUACCUUGGACAACGCGGAUGAGCUCCGGAACAACGCCGAUGCCCAGAUGUUCAUGUCGAACAUGGAAUACGACGCGUUCCUCCGCCUGCAGCAUAACUUGGAUGAGCUGAACCAGAAUUUGUCGUACCUUGCAGAGGAACUCAACGGCAUCGUCGGCGACUACGGUACUGCGGAGCACGUACGACACCCUCCUACCAUACGACACCCUCCACGUCGCCUUUCACCGCCUGCGGAGAGCUCGGGGGAUGUCGCCGACUUGGGGGGCAUAAUUCUGAGAGCAGCCAACAACCUGGGACUCGACUUUCUGGUCGCCUUCGGGCAGUCGGCCUACCCGGCAGUCAACAAUGCGCUGCUGCAGGCGCCCUUGGUUGCGCAGUACAUUCGCAGAUUGCUGCGCCACGGGCUGGACCCAUCUUUCACGGACCCCUCAGGCCCAACCGCCGAAGCCGUAUUCAACAUCCUGCACCCAACCUUCUCCCGCCUGCUGGAGACCGAUACGGGCAGCAUCGUUGCGGACUACCUGGUGGGCCACGAGCUCGACCUGCAGCGGAUCGCCACUGCCCGUAACUUUACAGAGCUCAUCGGUGAGCUCCGCCAUGCCUACUGGUGGCAGCGGGUGUACGACUUCUACUUCCGCCAGUACGACACCAGCGCGAGCCUCGCUCAGGAGGGUGCCGCGUCCAUUGUGGACACCGUGACAAACAUCGUACGACACAUCGUACGGGAUGCUGUGCUGCCGUACGGCCGGAUUUCCCCUCAAGUCCUGGCCUCCGACAUCGUGGAGGUGACGCUCACGCUGACCCGAGCCACGAUUCGCAACAUGGCUCAGCUGCGGGGUGCCGCUGAGCAUUCCCUGUACCUCAGUGACCUCGAGAUGAACGCGUUCUACGCCCUGCAGUACCAUCACGAAGCCUGCAGUUUGACAAUCCUCCGAGAGUCUCUCAUAAACCUGGCUGCCUCACUCAACCAAUGAUACCACCGACUGCUCGUCCCGUCUCCUAGUUGUGUGUGGAUGUGUAUGUCGUACACCCCGGGACACGUACACCCUGAUGCAUGGGGCGCCCAGGAGGGGCGUCAUGGCGCCGCUU